AAGUAAUCCUCGGAAGAUCAGGAAACGUAACCGGGAACAUAUUCCUAGUAGGAAUAGGAAUAGGGGACAUGGGCUCGAAGCACAAUCAUACAAGGAAUAGGAAUGGCGCAUGCGGGGCGCGAGACCUUAAGCCUCGAGACAAGAGGAAAUACACGCAUGGGCGAAGGCGGUGCAGCCCUAGUCCUCGAGGACUAGGGCGAGGCGUGAGGCGGCGCGCGGGUUUGAGGCGGCUAGGGCAAGAGGCGGCCAACUUGGAGUGGGGAGCAAGCAAGAGGAUUGGAGUGCAAGGCAAGGAAGAUCAAGAUUAUUAUAGUA